UUCCUCUUUAGCACUUCUUUAACUUAUUUCAUCCUUUUUAGGGCUUUUUCUUUUUUUUUUACACCCUAAGCAACAGAUCACCUCUUAAGGUUCAGGUAGAUUUUCUUCACCUGAGCUCCACUGAUGACCAGAUGAGCAGACAUCGGAAUGAAAAAGACUGAACCAAAAUACAAGUGGUGGUGGUGAAUAGCUGACAAAGAUGGACCUGCUGACAAUCUUCUGUCACCUCCUGCUUUUAUGUUUUGAUCCAUCUGCAGCUACAAGUCUCAUUACAGCGGACAUAUUCGAAGCCAGAGGUCAACGUGUGUGCAAGGCAGGGAAAGGGAGGCCAUGUUACAAGCUGGCCUAUUUCUCCGAGCUCUGGCGGAGGCUCAACUUCGCAGAGGCAGAGCUCGCAUGCAGACGAGACGGAGGGCAGCUGCUGAGCGUGGAGUCGGCUUCUGAGCAGAAGAUCAUAGAGCAGCUCAUCACAGAGCUCCGCCCAACUGAUGGAGACUUCUGGAUCGGUCUCCGCCGUAACCAUGGAGAUGAGGAGAGCAGCUUGGACUGCUCCUCUAAGUACUACUGGCUGGACGGCAGCAAGUCCACAUUUAGGAACUGGCAUUCAGAUGAGCCAUCAUGCGGCUAUGAGGCGUGUGUGGUAAUGUAUCACCAACCGUCCGCUUCGGCCAGUCUGGGGGAGCGAUAUAUGUUCCAGUGGAACGACGAUAAUUGUGAUACCAAGAACAACUUCAUCUGCAAAUACACUGCAGAGAAGCCACUGGACCCUUCCCCUUCUCCCAACUUCACUCAAACAAAUGUGUUCCCUUCAUCUGUGCUGCCAUGGAAUCCAAGUAACCAUAACCAGGGCAGCAAUACAGCUCUGAAUUUGGUUUACGUCAUCAUUCCCACGAUUCCCCUGAUACUGCUCUUACUGACAGUGAUUGGAGUCUGCUGCUUCAAACUGCUUGUCAGACGAAAGAGGAAAACGCAGAAAUCAGAAGUAUGCCAGACAGACCUCUGCCCCAGCCCGGCUCCAACUGACGUCUACAACGUCAUUCGAUCCCAGAAGGAGGAUGACCUGGUUUCAGCUCGCCCACACACCAAAAACACCUCCUUUUUAUGCUCCUCCCCUGACACCCCGACAGGUGACUACGACAACCUGGGGGGCCGGGACACAGAGAGCGGCUUUGUGACGCUUGCCAGCACAGAGAGCUGCUUCCUCAACUUUGAGCUCAAUGACCUCAGCCUUGGGCGUCGUGCCACCCGGGACUUCUAUGACACCAGCUUGGGCCGUCCAGGAAAAAGGGACUUGAAUGACAGAAGUCUGGGCUCCACUGGGCACAGAGAGUUUUAUGACAGGAGUCUAGGUCGUCGUACGACAAAGAGUGAGCAUUACGGCAGCAGUGUGUAUGCUGAUCGUGGAUUGUAUGAUGGAAGUACCAGAGGAGGGAGUGACCUCUAUGAUGCCAAACUGAGGCCUGGAAGUCAUACAGUAAAGGCUGACCUCUAUCAGACAUACAUUACCAACGGCAAGGAAGACACUUACCAAACCAGCCUUGGAACCUAUGGAAACCGAAAAUCCUACCAAGCAAAUCUGGAUUGCUACAGAAAUGGCCUGAAUCUUGAUGUCGGAAAGAGAUACUUCAAUGAACAAGAAUGGAUCAACAGAGAAAACUACUGAUCCUCUGAAAAGCUCCUUCAUUGUUUGUACAGCCGUAUAUGUGUGAUUGUAAAAACAGUGCACGUACAGUAACUGGUUGUAAUUGUUAGUAGGGUAUGUUUAUAAAGCCCUUCAUGGGAUAUAAAUCAGGUAAGGACUUGCUGAAAUCAUAUUUUGUCGCUGACCCCACAAUUCAACCUGUAGCCCGUUGAUAGACUAGACCAGUGUGCCAAUUAGUUUGUCGUAAUCAAACACAGAUUUGUUUAGGAAUAUGAAUUUAGAAUUAAGGAUCAUCUUACCCAAAUUACAGAAAACCAUUUUCUCACUUAUCUGUAGCCACGUCUAGCCAUGCAGGUAGUUUGGGUUUGAUUUGUUCAAGUUAUGUGACAUCUGUCCCUGAGAUUUCUGACUCCACCCCCGAUUUAAUGGAGGUGAAUGAACUUUUGUUUGUGAUGCUCACAACAUUGGAUAAAUACAUUUUAAUAAUUCAACAGCAUCAUCUUUUCAAAAACAGUGUCCAGGUCACUCUGAAUAAUCCUCACACCUACAUCUUACACUGUUCUACUGAAGUUCUAUGAACAAUCAAAGUCCAUUUACCUUUACUAUAUAAGGGUGGUGAACCGAGACUUAAAAGUUUUCUUGAGAUUGUUUACAGGUCUUAGGGAGUGCUAACACCUAUGUGAAAAAAAGUUGUUCAAAGCUUUUUGUGGCUCCAGAAGGAGCUGCGUGAAGUCUAAUAAAUUAGUAGUAAUUAGUAAAAUAAGUGAUGUCUCUAAUUCAGUGUCGGUUGGUGCUGAAGACCGCAAGUUUGAAAAUGAAAGAAAUCUGGGGGUGUGGAGUUAGAAGGAAGUGAGGUUACCAGACCUCUGUAGCCCGCUCCCCAUCUCUGCUUGAAGCUCAAGGCUACAUUAGUCAUGACACACCUGAAUCUCGUUGCAUUAUGGGUAAUGUAGACACCAAGGUUGGACAAGAAAGAAGUAUGUGUGGAUCCUUUUUUUUUUUAAACUGUCCAUUGUGAGUCCAACAAUGUUAUAGCGCAAUGCUAAAUUGGUGGAGUACUCUUUUAACACAAGCCCAUACUGCAUGACUAGGCCUCAACACUAGAUCAUUUCUCUGGACCUCUCUAUAGGCCCGUCAUUUCACUUGAUGCUUAAACUAUGCAUAUCUCAAACAUACUUUCUUUUAAUAAAUUACCACAAAAAAAAUGCACACACAGGAAACCUGGGGUUCUUCAUAGGCAGUUGAUACUCCAGGAGAAUAGGUUGAGUAAAGAAGCCAAGUUAAACCUCAAGUAAUAGCAUGGAGUGUCUCAGAUGUCUCUGACUGAAUGAUUAUGAGCGACUUUGUGUGGCAGCCUGUUUGCAUGGCCUUGUGGGUCAACCUCUAGCUCACCCGGUAGAGUGUGUGCCCCAUUUAGCCUGAUUCCUUGGCAGCGGCCCGGGUUGGAAUCCGACCCAUGGCCCUUUGCUGCAUGUCGUCCCCUCUCUCCCUCCCCUUUCCUGUCUUUAAGCUAUCCUGUCAAUUAUAGGCCAUUAAAAAUAUUCAUUAAAAAAAAUAAAAAGUUUGCAUGGCCUUGUCAUGCUGCCCUAGCUUGGUAGGAUACCUAUUGAGGUCUUGGACCCUUAUUUUUGCUAUGCCUGAAAAUACUGUUAACAAAUUUACCUGCUAUAAACAGGCUACCUCAAACAGAUUAAGACACAAUACACCCAAUACUGCUUGAGCGAGGGCUGGAUAUUUUUAUGUACUGCAAGUGUGUUUUGACAUGGCCUUAAAUUGUGAGAUGUCCAGAACUUGAACUGAAUUUCAUUGAUACACUUGUUCCCUUAUUUAUAAAUGGCAUUCUGUCUCCUAUUGAGGAAAUCAAAGACAGCCCAAAACAAUGCUAGCGAGUGGAAAGGUGGCUCAUACAGUGAAUUUGAGUGCCUGCAGCCUGACCACAGCAAAGGCAUGAUAUCAAAGAGAAUGAUAAAAUAUAGCAACAUUAUUAUUAUUUAUUCAGAAUGUAUAAUGCCUUGACAUCUCUCCUGUAAGUGAGUGGUUUGUAUGUUUGUUACAUAAGGAAAUCUUCAAAUAAAAUGAGAUUAGAAUCAAAUCUGUCUACUUGUGGUGAAGUGAUUUUACUGUCCCAAUAAAAAAACAGGAAGGUUGUAUUAGCAGUCAACCAUGUUUUUAUUAACAUUCCAAGUUAAAUUAAUAACGCACCCUCACUUUCAUUCAUCUCUACCGCUCACAGAGCACACAAUAAGAUACUGUUCAAGUGCAGACAAGCAAACACUACAAGAUGUCUUAGAUUCAUUAUUCAGAAUUAUAAUUUUUUUUUUUCAUUCAGGCCACAUUUUCAAAUAAAGUAUGAAAAGAAAAUGUGUUUGUGUGUUAACGGCCUGCUUCAACUGUUAGACACACGCACACGCACACACACAC